AUCCUGGACCCGCCGCCGCCGCCGUCGCCGCCGCCGUCGCCGCCGCCGUCGCCGCCCGCCAACGCGAGCGAGGGCGAGGCCCCGCGCCCGCCGCCGCCCCCGGGCGCCGAGGGCGAGGACGCGGGCGAGGGCGCGGGCGAGGGCGCGCAGGAGCCCGUCUACUACCUGGGGGAGCUCAUCCAGGGCACAUACUGCUCGCGCAUCUUCAGCGACUGCGACCGGCGCGCCUGCCGCCUGCAGUCGCCCAACUUCCCCGGCGUCUACCCGCGCAACCUCACCUGCUACUACGCCGUGCGCCAGCACGAGGUGCCACCUGGGCAGCAGGCGCUGAUCGCUGUGCGACAGCCGCGUGGGCAGCUCGUGGCCAUCCGCAGCGCGGGCGGAGCGGCUGGCGCGGGCGGGACGGGCGGCGCGGGCGCGGCGGACGACGCGCCGUCGACGGAGCGGCGCAGCGCGCGAGGCCUCAAGGUGUGGCAGGAGUGCGACGAGGUGCAGGACUACGUGACGGUGUUCGACGGCUACACGACGCGCGACGCCGUGCUGCUGCGCUUCUGCGGAGGCGGCGAGGCGGUGCCCGAGGCGGUGAGCAGCGGCCCCGAGCUCCUCGUCGAGUUCACCUCCGCGCCCUUCGGCACCUUCGUGGGGCCGUCCGCCUCCGCGCUGCACGGCUUUCAGCUCGAGGUGCAGGUGCGGUUCGUGCCGGCGCAGUCGGCCACGUACGCGGCGCAUAAGCGCUGCGCCUUCUGGCUGCGCGGCCCGGGGCGCGGGGUGCUGGAGGCGCCGCGCCACUCGCUGCCCAACCGGGGCGCCACUGCUCUACCCACUGCUGGCACGCGCCCGCGCCGGCCCCGCUGCGCCGCGCAGGCGCAGCCCCGCGCCGCCGGCCAGCUGCGCGCCCGCGCCCGCUUCCGCAUCUGGCCUGUC